AUGCCUCCAAUGCGAGAACAUCAAUCUCUGGAGGCUCAACAUAAUCCAUCCGCGUCUUCCGAAGAUGAAGAUCCAUCGUCUCCAGCUAAAAGCGAUAAAUCUAUGUCACCUUCAACCGAUAAAGAUCGUAAACGUGGUAAAAGAUCUCCGAGCAUUAAUACAAGAGCAUCAAGAGUCGGCGUAACAAAUUUUAUUAACGUUAUAAAAAGUUUACAUCCUGGCGAAUCAAUAAAUUAUUUUCCUAUUACAAAAGAAACUUUACAACAAUAUAUUGAUUCUAAAAGGAAAGCUCUUAUAAAAGCUGGUUCUUUGGAACAAUAUUUACAACAUAUUCAGGCUUAUAAUAUUGCUCUAGGUUUCGGUUGGGAUGGUCAUAUAUUCGGUCCAAUUAUUAAGAAAGCUUUAGAUGAAUUAAGAUCUCAUGAAGAUGAAAUGUUAAAAUCUUCUAAUUCUCAACCUAUUAUGUCAACGUCUGAUACAUUAGAUACUAUUAUGUCAACUAGUGCAUCUGUACCUGAAGCAAUGACAAUUGAUAAUAGAAUUCCUGAUUUGUUUACUAUCAAUGAAA